UAUUCCCCAUCUCCUUCCAACUUCCUCAUCAAAGCAAGCUUUCUUCCAUUAAAAUCUUUCCUGAAUUCCCAGCAUUUGGAGGAAGAGAAGAGAUGGCCUCAACAAGCAAGGCUUCUUUGGUUGUGGCAGCGAGCAUGGGAGCGGUGGAAGCGCUCAAGGAUCAAGCAGGGUUGUGCCGAUGGAACUACGCAUUGAGGUCUCUCCACCAGCGAGCCAAGAACAGCGUGGGAUCUUUAAGUCAAGCCACCAGGAUGGCUACUUCCAUUGAAAGGAGCAUGGGGAGGAUCGAGAGAGCUAAGAGGACGGAGCAGACCCUGGAGAAAGUCAUGUACUUCAGCUGCUAUGGGCCGAAAUAGAACCAUAGAUAGCAGGGGAUUACGAAUGCCGACUUUUGUCUAAUUCUUUUUAACUUAAAUUUCCUUUUUUCUUUGAAACUUUGUAAGUAUCAUUUUUGAGACUAUAUUAAAAUAUUGGAGAUGGGUGUUACUGAGUUUUUUGAA